AUGCCGAAUCAUCCAGUACCGAAACCACGGUCACAGGUACCCGAAGAACCCAAGGAGAAGCUGUAUGUGGUUCUUGGUCAUGUGGGUACGGGAACGUUCGGUAAGGUUUACAAAGCGAGCCACACUGCUACUGGGAGAAUGGUCGCUCUCAAGCAGAUCAAGAUGGAGGGCGAGAAGGAAGGCUUCCCCGUCACGGCUAUGCGGGAAGUCAAACUCUUGCAGUCGUUGCGACACGAGAACGUGGUGCGGUUGUACGAGAUGAUGGUGUCACACGGCACGGUAUACAUGGUCAUUGAGUACAUGGACCAUGACCUCAGUGGCAUACUGCAGCAAACGCAAUUUGUCUUCACUGACGCGCAUCUGAAGUCGUUCUGCCGGCAGAUGCUAGCCGGCCUGGCAUACCUUCACCACAAAGGCGUCAUCCAUCGCGACAUCAAGGGCUCGAAUAUCCUCGUUAACAGUCGUGGUGAGCUUAAGCUCGCCGACUUCGGUCUCGCGCGAGUAUACCAGAAGCGCCGAAAGAGCGACUAUACGAAUCGUGUGAUCACUCAGUGGUAUAGGCCCCCCGAGUUAUUGCUUGGUGCAACGGUGUAUGGCCCGGAGGUCGAUAUGUGGAGUGCAGGGUGCAUCAUGCUUGAGCUAUUCACGAAGAAGCCUGUGUUCCAAGGGGCGGAUGAACUGCAACAGAUCUACGUCAUCUAUAAAAUCAUGGGUACGCCGACAGCAGAUACAUGGCCUGGCGUCACGAGUCUUCCUUGGUACGAAAUCUUCAAGCCCGGCGAGCCCAUCCCCAAUCGCUUCAGAGAACUGUUUAAGAAGUGGCUGUCACCUGCUGGUCUUGACCUUGCGGAGCAACUACUGUCGUAUAAUCCCGAGCGUCGCAUCACGGCCGUGCAGGCCCUCGAGGCGCCAUACUUCAACCAGGAGCAACCACCUGCUGCGACGCCAGUGGGUUUGUCAAACCUCAAGGGAGAGUGGCAUGAGAUGGAAAGCAAACGUGAGCGCGACAAGAAGCGCAGGGCCGAUGGUAUGGAAUAG